GGGGAGAAACCCUCAUAAAACGGAUCCCAGAUCUCAACGCAACUAAAACAUUUUAUCUUCUCUAUCGCUACUCCAAGAGUACCCAAUCACCGAGCCAUGGCCAUCUCAGUCACUGCCGUGGCCGCCUUGCCCGCUUUCUCGGCUCAAAGAAGCCUCCCGCAGCCGUCCCGCCAGAGGGUCGUAGCGUUCAUCGUCGUCCGGCCGGUGCGCGCGCACCGCCGGUUUGUGGGCGUGGCGGCCAGCUCGCCGCCCACGCCGCCGGAUCUCGCAAAGAAGGUGUCCGAGAGCAUCAAGCAGGCCCAGGAGACGUGCGCAGAUGACCCGGUGAGCGGCGAGUGCGUGGCGGCGUGGGACGAGGUGGAGGAGCUCAGCGCGGCCGCCAGCCACUUGCGCGACCGGCAGAAGGGCGCCGACCCGCUCGAGGAGUACUGCAAGGACAACCCCGAGACCGACGAGUGCCGCACGUACGAGGACUGAACCACGCGCGCGCGAGGUUGGAUCGCUGUCACUUGAUCUAGCUAGCAGCUUAGCUCGGCAUGAUGGCGACAUGUGUAGACGUGCAAUGGAUCGGGUAUGAUCCUUCGUUGAUUCAGUCUGGCUUGGUGUGGAAUAAAACGAGGUUUGCUGUUUAUUAUAAGUAACAUUUAGGAGCUCCUACUGUAGUUCCAAGGCAGGUGUAAUCCUUAGAAACAUUUGAUGGUGUGCUUCUAGCCUUGUAGUACUCGAUAUGUGCAAUUCUGUAAAGUAUCGCAGAUUUUUCACCUGAGCAUGAUAUUGCUGCAAAUAUGAUCUGGUCUCUAAAUUGGCUAAUGUGUGGCCAAUUUUCAA